AUGAUUGUGAAGAGAGACAUGGAUAAGGAACGAGCACCAGGGUUUCUCUACACCAGAGCAAGAGGAAGAUGCACACCCCAGUACUGGAGCAGCAGGACAGAGUCAUGGCCGAAGAUGGUGCCUCAGAUGUCGACGAUGUCCAAAGUGUUCGGUUCGCAGGUGUUCGAACAAUACAUAUACGAUCUGACACUGCUGGAGGCUGUGGGGAGGAGGUUUAAUUCAAGAGGGUAUGAGAAGUUUAGGAACUUGGCAAAAAUUUCUAAGUUGAAAAGAAGAGAAAAAAGCUUGAAGUGGAUAGUGAUAAUGGUGAUAAGAGGGAGAAAAAGAGGGGUUGGCAGCAAUGAGAUGGGACUCCUGGAGGUGGUUACAGAGGAAGAAGACAAUGGAGGGGAUGAUUUCAGUAGUUUGUUAGCGGAGGAAUUUAAGGCGAAAAAUGGAACGCCUGACCAGGUUGCUACUUUUGGACGGGCGGUACGCGAAUGA